UGACGUAAUGCCCAUGUCUUAAACAGCUGCUCUGUUUUCUAUGGGCGGAAAAAGAAAAUAAGCUUACAUUACUGCUGAAAAACAAUAACGUGGACUAAUGUGACGCGGUUGCAAUCAUUCGUAUUAAAAAAAAAAAAAAAGUUAUGACCCAGAGCAAUGCGCCCAUUGUACCGUUGUAUGAUUGGUUUAGCAGUUAGCUAACGUUAGUUAUUACUACUACAUUAGCUACUCGCUUGGUAGCUAGCUAGCCAACUCGGGUUCUUUGUGUCGACAUGGUUGACUUGUGUUGAGUGGAACUCAUAUUUGUAUCAUUCGCAAUGCAGCGGAACCCGAUUAGCUCGGUUUCCUGAGGGUUGCGCCUUUCUGGACUGGGGCAGUUCGCCUACAGCAGCAUUUAGAUAGGCGGCGGACCGCAGAAAAAAAAAGACAGUACCGGGCUUACAAAGAGAACGGAUAUGGGCAAUUGUCUAAACUCAUCGACUUCGGAUGAUAUCUCUUUGCUACACGAAUCCCAGUCGGACAGGGCAAGUUUCGGUGACGGGACGGAUCCUCACGUUCCUGACCAGGAACCGCCACCGCCGUACCAGGAGCAGGCGGAGCCUGUGUUUGGCCCCUCCCCCUGCCAGCUGACGGAGGCGGAGCAGGUGCGGUUGGCUCAGAGGCGGGGCCUGAUUCAGCACCUCCCACUGGGCCUGUAUGAUGGGCGGGGCUCCGACAAGAAGAUCAGAGAGUGUGUGAUCUGUAUGUUGGACUUUGUGUGCGGAGACCCCGUCAGGUUCCUGCCCUGCAUGCACACCUACCACCAGGACUGCAUCGAUGACUGGCUCAUGCGCUCCCUCACCUGCCCUACCUGUAUGGAGCCUGUGGAUGCAGCACUUCUGUCCUCCUACCAGACUGACUGAGCCCCUGCUGUCCUCCCCCCAGACUGACUGAGCCCCCUGCUGUCCUCCCAGACUGACUGAGCCCCCUGCUGUCCUCCUCCCAGACUGACUGAGCCCCCUGCUGUCCUCCUACCAGACUGACUGAGCCUCCUUCUGUCCUCCUCCCAGACUGACUGACCUCUCCUCCCUGCUGUCCUCCUCCCAGACUGACUGACCUCUCCUCCCUGCUGUCCUCCCCCCAGACUGACUGAGUCCCCUGCUGUCCUCCUCCCAGACUGACUGAGCCCCCUGCUGUCCUCCUCCCAGACUGACUGACCUCUCCUCCCUGCUGUCCUCCUCCCAGACUGACUGAGUCCCCUGCUGUCCUCCCCCCAGACUGACUGAGCCCCCUGCUGUCCUCCUCCCAGACUGACUGACCUCUCCUCCCUGCUGUCCUCCUCCCAGACUGACUGACCUCUCUUCCCUGCUGUCCUCCCCCCAGACUGACUGACCUCUCCUCCCUGCU